GUAUUCAGGUAGGCUAAUAUAAGGGCAGCAUCCUUGUCUCUUCUCAACACUGAGUACCGGAUCUCGACGACAUUAGUACACUCAAAGUAUUUGAUUUAUAUGUGUUAUUGAAUGUUUGCUCAUCAAAAAUAUCUUCUGCAAACUAUAAUUUAUAAAAUUAACGACUGAAGGAAUAUGUCUUUGCUGGUGCCGGAGCAUCGGACUGUGCGCUUUGUGUUUCUAGGCGCCGCCGGAGUCGGAAAAACUGCCCUGAUCACCCGCUUCUUGCAGGAUCGCUUCGACUCCAAAUACACGCGCACGGUGGAAGAGCUUCACGCGCUCGAGUACGACACGGACGGCGCGAGGGUGCGCAUUGAGAUCUUGGACACGAGCGGCAGUUAUCCCUUCCCAGCGAUGCGCGCUCUGUGCAUCCGAACCGGGGACGCGUUUGCGCUUGUAUACGCCGCAGACGAGCCAGACUCCCUGGAUGAAGUGCAGCGACUCCGUGAGGAGAUUCUGGAGUUGAAAGGGGAGAAGUUUACGGGCAUCACGGUGAUAGAGAACAAAGCGGACCUGGGCAGUCGGAGUCGCCAGGCUACUGCUGAGGUGAUGCGCACGGUGGAGGAGGACUGGGGCGCGGGCUUCGUGGAGACGUCCGCGCGCACCGGCGAGAAUGUCAACGGUGUGUUUCGGGACUUGCUCCAACAGAUGAAGUUACCGAGCCGCGUGAGCCCGGCACUGCGCAGACGGACGCAGACAAUGACCAGAGAGCUUACAGAGACGCGGAAAAAACCUCCAAUGAAGAAGAACAACAGCUGUAUCUUGUCUUAAUGGACAUUUACGUGACGUUAUAUAUUGUUAUGCAUCAUACUGAUGCUUGAGUGAUCUGGAUCAAAUAGACUCCACAUAAAUGUUGGACAGUUGAGGGACACUGAAUGUUGAUACUUUAUCAUAAUAAUAAAAGGGUUUUCUGUUCUAUGAUCGCUAUUCUAUGAGAGCCAAAAUCAUCUUUAAUUAGUGAAUAAAUGCAAAUUAUGUUCCAAUCAAUAUGUGUUCUUCUCUGCAUACUCCUUAGCUUGUUCCAUAAAAGGUAAUAGGCUAUCAAAUGUGACCUAUAUAGGCUACAAGAAAAGUAGCCUACAAAAACAAACUUGUGCAUGCAACAGACAUGUUUAUUAUUUGUAUAGGAAUGAAGGAGAGGCAUAUACUUUAUAUCCAUUAAUUUGAAACAUUAUCUUGAGUCUAGGCCAGAUCAAUGACUGUCAAUAAGUGUUUUCUGCACAUUGCUGCUCUGAUCCCAACAGACAGAAAAUAUCACUCUGACUUAUAGAACAUGCGAACGGUUUUGCUACAUGUGCUGAAUGUCCUGACCUUUCUUCAAUAAAUAAAGUCAACUCUGCAGCUUACA